AGCAGCGCCGAGUCACAUGAACACACAUGUGCGCUGUCUAUGCGGCAUUAAAGACUAAAACUCAAGCGACUAAUGCGACCAGGCGCACUUUAAACGCUUUCGGUAAUUAGCGGCUCGAAGGAGAUUGUACUGUUUAAGAGGUGUGACUGUGCCCCUUCUGCCAUCAUCAUCAUCAUCAUGUCGACAGAAAAACAAAGUCUUCCCGAGGAGAAUCUGCAAGGCUCUUGGGUGGAGCUGCACUUCAAUAACGGAGGUGGAGGAGCUCCUAAAGCAACAGUGGAGGAUCAGGCUCCCUCUGGAGACAUGGAGAAGAUGCUGCUGGACGCUCAGCACGAGUCCGGCAGGAGCAGCUCCAGAGGGAGUUUACCCUGUGACAGUCCUCCAAGGUCCCAGACUCCUUUGCACUUGAGCAGAGGAUCAGAGGUUCACAGCUCAGGAGAGAAAAACAGCUCACAGUCCGAUGAAGACUUUCUGGAGAGGAGGAAAGAGGUCGACAACCUGAUGAAGAAAAACGCUGACUGGAUAUGGGACUGGUCGAGUCGACCAGAAAACAUCCCACCCAAGGAGUUCUUGUUGAAGCAGCCCAAACGCUCCAGCACCUUGAGUAUCAGGAACACUAGUGUGAUGAAGAAGGGAGGAAUCUUCUCUGCCGAGUUCCUCAAAGUCUUCCUCCCUUCUCUCAUCGUCUCUCACAUCCUAGCUGUGGGGCUCGGCGUGUACAUCGGACGGCGUAUCACUACCUCCUCCAGCACCUUCUGAGGGAAAACCUGCAACCCCGGGCUCCGGCUGCUUCCACGCCACUUCACCAUCUCUGCUGCUUUGUCUUGAAUCGGUGUUUCAGUAGAUCCAAAUAGGUCAGGAACGCUCGAGCCGUUUCCACUAGCGAGCCGUGUGCUCCGCUACACCACCCUCAUCCCAACCCCUUGGUGUAUUCUCCCCUGGCUCGCACUCUGCUUUUUACAAUCCUGCCUGCACUGGGGAGGCCAUUUUAGAUUUGCAGCCAGUGGCUGAGUAGCGUUAUCUGUGCUCCACCUUCAUCUUUUAUAAUUUCUUGUGCAGAUAAAUAGAGAAUCUGUUUAAAAAAGAAAUAUCAGUCAUGUGAAAUGUAGGUGUAAGGAAAAGAGAAAAACAGAUCAAUGUACUGGAGUUGGGAAAUACAUCAUGUGGAGUAUGGUUCUGGCUUAGGACUUGUAAAUACUUUAUGAUGGGGUUGAGCAAAAAGAUCACGCUGUAUAUGUUUUCAGUGAGAUUUUGCUAAAGAAUUGGAACAGCACAGCUUUUGUCUUUCGAUAGAUCAUAUUAAAGGAGGGGAGGAAAUGAAACAAAUGCCAAAAAAAAAUACUAUCAGCAAUCACUUACUCAUUUGAGAUAAAGGGAAUAAGUCUGAGUACAAAUCUGAGUGAAAUUUACACUCUUGGUUCUUUUAUAGUCUGAUUUGAUUUCACACUGCACUGAAUUCAACAAACUAUAAAGCGAUAACUAUGUGAAAACCUAAAUACAGCAAAAGGUAAACUGACUGGAAAUCGGCACAGAGAAAGUCUAUCUAUAGAUUAGAUAAUUCUAUAAUAGCAAAACUGUUUAAUCUUCGUUUCUCUGUAGAAAUUUCUAGAUCACCCCGUUUCUGCAGGGCUACAGCUCUGGUCUUCAGCUCUGUGUAGUGUAUAAAAGAAACAGCUGCCCACAUCACAAAAGUACACUCCACGUUUGAUUCAUUUCUGCAAUCGAGCUACACUAGAGUUUGUGUGGAACACCACAGGAACCACAUCACUCAGACUGCUUGUUUUUGGUCCAUACUCCGAUUCCCUGCUUAUGAUUAUUGUGUAAAGAUGCACCAGGGUUCAAUUCAAACCACAGCAUACCUCAAAGCAUUCAACCCAAGCGGCUCAAGCUGACGGUUAUGAUAAGUGUAUAAUAUUUAUUGAUAUGAUUUUUUUAUUAAUGGUAAAUCAACCCUGUGUAUUAAAAGGUGCCACAUCUAGGAUUUUAGUAAUCAGAGUGGAAAAGGAGAAGAACUGCUCCAACAGCACUCUCGCUAAAGGAGAUGCUUGAAUGGAUCAGACUAGCUUUCAAAACGGCUGUAGCUCUUUCUCUACACACACACAAGACUAGUUAGAUUACAAGUCAGAUUUCAUUCUUUACCAAAUCUUGACACGUGAUUAUGUUACAAGACUUUUUUUUGUUUAAUGCUGUGAUAUUUAACUCAGGUAAGCAUCUUGGCAAGAGAAAACAGACGCCAGAAGAGCCACAACACGUUAGGUGUACCCAAUAAUCUGGUAGCUCAGUGUAGGACAAUUCAUAUUUACCUACAAGCAUGCAUUUCUCCAUUCCGCACGUCGUGUGUGCAGAAGAAACGCGAGCUCAAGCUCGUUUCCUUUUUUGUUUCUGCUUUCUCGGUUUCCUCUUAACUGAAAUGUAGAGAUUUCCAGAUGUGAGCAUUACGAUAAAAAGAUGUAAGGUCACCUUAUAGCUGCUGUGAAGACCUCUCAUUGGAUUAAGGCAAGGAGGAAAAAGGGAACUCGAGGUAAUUUAGUGCAUGUCGUGUAGUGUGUAGAAAUGGUACAUCUAUGUGCUCCCAAGUUCCAUGGUUUUGUAUUUUAAGUGAAAACCAAUAAAUCAAAAUAUCACCACCA